UCAAAUGGCUUCGUCUCUGCUUUGUUCUAUCAAUGGCCGUGCUUUACUUCUCUUGUCUAGCUAUCUAGCUGCAAAGCAUAACUACCAUGGUUAUCACCGCCAUCGCUCGCACAGCCAUUCUCCCACCUCAAACCCGAGGCUUCACCAAGCUUAUAUUGCCCUCCAUGCAUGAAAAAGAGUCAUCUACGUACUCUGACCCAUACAACUUCACCGCCAAUUGGGUUGGUCCUGAUGUAGGUAGCUAUAAAGCAGUAUACUGUACAUUCGCGCUUGAUGAUCCCAAAAUCAGAGUUGUCGCUGGCAGUGACCUCAACUUUGCUGAUAUAGCAGGUUUCCUUCCUGAUGAAUAUUUAGGCCUCCUCACUGGCUUAGAACUCAUUCAUUUGAAUAGCAACAGAUUUUGUGGUAUUAUCCCACAAACUCUAACCUUUCACUUCUAUAUAAGCUUGAUCUCGGUAAUUAACAACAGAUUUGUAGGCACUUUCCCUUCUGGUCUGCUCUCUCUUCCUAUGCUAAAAUGUCUUGACCAUUGUUACAAUGAGUUUGAAGGACCAUUACCUCAGCUUUUCCAAAAAAAAAAAAAAAUCGAAGCGAUAUCCGUCAAUAAUAAUCGCUUCACUAACGCAAUUUCUGCGAUCUUAGAUGGAACUUAAGCUACUGUAUGGUGGUCAUUGCCAACAAUAACUUUGAGGCUGGCGCUUGUCGCCAAGUAUAGCCAACUUUGCAGAUACUUUAGAGGAAUUGCUGAUGAACACAAACUUGACAGGUUGUUUGCCACCAAAAGUUGUGUAUCUCUACAAACUGAAGGUGUUAACGCAGUUCCUCCGAUCUUAGGUGGAACUUAAGCUACUGUAUGGUGGUCAUUGCCAACAAUAACUUUAAGGCUGGCGCCUGCCACCAAGUAUAGCCAACUUUGCAGAUACUUUAGAGGAAUUGCUGAUGAACAACACAAACUUGAUAGGUUGUU